GAUUCUUCUUCUUCUGCGAUUUAAACCGGGUUUAUUUGUAGUUUUUUUGUAGUUUUUUGUAGUUUUCUCUUUUUUAAACGUCACCGAGCUGUUAGCAGCUGUUAGCAGCAGUUAGCAGUUAGCUGGUGGACGCGGACUGACAGGCCGCUUCAUGGACUCCUGGGUCCGCUUCAACUCUCAGAGCCAAGCCAAGGAGAGAGUCCUGCGGGCCGCUCAGUAUGCCUGCACCCUGCUCGGCUACACGCUGCAGAAAGGCGGCGCGGCGGCCGAACUCCACAAAACCGUCACUCAGCUGGAAGCACACAUGAGCCUGACGAGAAAACUGCUGCGUCUGGGGAACUCAGUGGAGGCGCUGGAGGCUGCCAAGAGGGCCAUCCACCUUUCCGACAGCGUGCCGAGGCUCUGCCUGACCAUCAGCCACCUCAACAGAGCCAUGUACUUCGCCUGCGAUAACGUCCUGUGGGCGGGAAAAACAGGCCUCAUCUCCAAACUGGACCAGGACAAAUGGAGUCAGAGAUCUUUCAGGUAUUACCUCUUCGCUCUGAUCCUCAACCUGACUCGAGACGUGUACGAGCUCCGCCUCCUCAUCGAGUGCGAGGAGCGUUACAGAGCCUCCAAGUCCCCGCCCUCUGCUUACCCCGGCAACAACGGGCCCGCCGACCACCUGUCCUCCUCGUCCUCGCCCGUCUCCCCGGCCGCCGUCGCCUUGCCCGUCAUGUCCGCGUGGCUCCGCAGACGGCUCCACUUGGUGGCGACCGUGCUGUACAGCAACCCGCCGCUGCUGUUGGACCUGCUGAAGAACAGUUGUGAUAUCUUCAUCCCGCUGGACCGGCUGGGGAUUUACCCCACGGGGAAAGGCUUUGUCGGGGCGUGCGGCCUGGCCUCCUCCGUCCUCUCCAUCCUCACCAUCAUCCACCCUUGGCUCAAACUCAAGCCAUGACCCCACACCCAGGCGUUGUCGGGCUGAGACUAACAGGUUUAACACACUGAUCAUGAAGAGCAGCUGCUGCCGAUGGACUGUGGUCACAUUUAGGAAACAAAAGGCAGGAUGUGCUUCAGAUAUCCUCAAAAUAAGUGACGGGUUGCAUCAAGAGGACUGAUAUGCUGUGACGCAGGUCCACACACACACACACUGCUGGAGUGUAGCGACGCUACACAGAGCUCGCACUCGUCCUCAUCCCCGACCGUCGCUCUAUACAUCGCCGUCUGCAACGAUGCUUUCAAGUGCUCAGUCGCUGAGCAGCUCACACAAGUCUUUACAGGGAAGAAUACAAACUCACGUCGUCUUUAGAGGCUGAAAAUAAAGAUUAAAAACUCGACGUGGAAGUCAGGAUACAGAGUGUGCUGCUGCUGAGCGAGGGCAGAUAUCCUGCAUCGUGUCUGUUACUUCUCAGCACAAGUAGAGCUUGUAAAGUUACGAUAAAGCAGCACACAACUCGCAUGCGAUUACAUAUUUCUCCUCUGGUUAGACUCAAAUUAGAGAUUGAUUGCUGUGUGACAACCAAUCAAGACGAUUUUGAUUAAUUUGCACCUGCCUGACGUCGUCGUUCACACACAGCGAGUUUGUAUUUUCAAUUUUUUAGAGCGCCUAACUAUAAAUUAAAAAGUUUAUGAUUAAAUACCACAAUGCUACACAAGGUUUAUGAUCCGAAUGUCAAAACAUCUGCAUAUUUCUGUAACCCGUUAACGUUACACUUUUGUUUUGUUGUAUAUUGCUGCCUGUUAUAAUAAAGAGCAUGUGACCGUU